GUUCUCCCAGCUCCUCCAUCAUCGUCUCGUCUCUCUCCUCCAUCUUGUCCCUUCCAAUCGCCCUCACUCUCCUCUCCGCUCCGCUCACCAUCUCCCGCACUCUCCUCCAUAAUCACCGCCACAAUGGCUGUCCUGAGCCGAUUGGCCCUCACGGCCUCGUUUGCUCUCGGCGCCUCGGCCGCUGGGCUCGGCGGAUCCUGGCAGCAGAGCCCGCUGACGUCGCCCUCGUCGCUCUCAUCGUCGCACGGCUCGAAGCCGCUGAUUAGCACCGAGGCCCUGCAAGAGGCCAUCAGCAUCGACGCUCUCGUGAAGCGCGCCGAAAAGUUCUACAAGUUUGCCCAGACCUCGGAGGAGGACUACGGCCACCCGACCCGAGUCAUUGGCAGUUCUGGCCACGAGAGGACUCUCAACUACAUUGUCAACACUCUGCUCGACCAAGGCGAUUAUUACAACAUCUCUACCCAGGAAUUCCCGGUGACGCUGAGCAAUGUCUUCGAGUCCCAGCUUGUUCUCGGCAGCAGCGUAUCGAAGAGUGCUGUUCCUAUGGGCUUGACACCGGCAACCAAGGACAGAGAGCCUGUCCAUGGCCAGUUGGUGCUCGUAAACAACGACGGCUGCCAUGACUCCGAUUACCCUGCCAACGUCAAGGGCAAUAUUGCCUUCAUCCGCCGAGGAGCUUGCGCCUUUGGCGACAAGUCCAUCGGGGCUGGAAAGGCGGGCGCCAAGGCUGCGGUCAUCUACAAUACCGACCCCGAGGAGCUCCACGGUACGCUGGGCGAGCCAACCAAAUAUCACGUUGCGACUUUCGGCAUCGACGGUGUGGAGGGCAACGAGUUUGCCAAGAAGCUUGCCAAGGGCGAAUCCGUCAGUUCAAUUGCCUACAUCGACGCCGAGGUCAAACAGAUCCAGACGGUCAAUGUCCUGGCGCAGACGGACGAGGGAGAUCCAGACAACUGCGUCAUGCUUGGUGGCCACAGUGACGGCGUUGCCGAGGGCCCCGGUAUCAACGACGAUGGCUCUGGCAGCAUGUCUGUCCUCGAGGUUGCUGUCCAGCUGACCAAAUUCAAGGUGAACAACUGCGUCCGCUUUGCCUGGUGGGCCGCCGAGGAGGAGGGUCUCCUGGGAUCCGACUUUUACGCUGCCAGCCUGUCCGAGGAAGAGAACCAGAAGAUUCGCCUCUUCAUGGACUACGAUAUGAUGGCCAGCCCCAACUUUGCCUACCAAAUCUACAACGCUACCAACGCAGAGAGUCCUGCCGGCUCCGAGGAACUGCGAGACCUCUACGUCGACUGGUACAAGUCCCAGGGUCUCAACUAUACCUUUAUUCCCUUUGACGGCCGUAGCGACUACGACGGCUUCAUCCGCGCCGGCAUUCCUGCUGGUGGAAUUGCCACUGGUGCGGAAGCUGUGAAGACAAAGGAGGAGGAAGAAAUGUUUGGCGGCCAUGCCGGACAGUGGCUUGACCCCUGCUACCACCAGAUCUGCGACGACCUGGGCAACCUGAACCACACUGCAUGGGAGGUGAACACCAAACUUAUUGCUCACUCUGUCGCUACCUACGCUCUUUCCUUUGAGGGAUUCCCCAAGCGUGAGCAGGAGUCCAAGAUUAGCUCCUACAGCGAGACGAUCAAGCAGCACGGUCCCAAGGCAAUCAUGUAAACGGGAGUUUAAUCUCAUUUCGCGUCUUACUUACAAAUGUGCGACUAUAUUCGAGGGGAUAGAACAGGGCAUGGGAGAUUUGGAUAUUGUAAUAUUUUACUUGGCUACACGGUAGACUUGGUCGUAAUAGCGGGCAUACCUGAGAACUAAUUCAAGUUAUUGAUAACUCAUAUACACACACAAAAAAAAAAGAAAGUUCCUUUGCCAUCGAGUUUCAUACCACUUUAAUUCAGAUUAGGAACGGUAAAUUGCGGAAAACUGAGGAAGCAGAAAAAAUAUAUAGAUAGAUGCAGAUAUAUGUAUAACGCAGAAAAAAGUAUAAAAAGACAAUUUCCAAUGUUUCCCUCAAU